AUGCCUUACAAACAACUGUUUUCAGCUCAUCACAGAAGAACAUUGGACGUUUGCUUCUUAAAAUCUGGCAAAGAAACAACUUCACAAGAGCUUGUAGAAGCUAAAAGCAUACACAAUCUGAAGCAUUUAACAAAAUAUAAUCCAUCUCGUGACAAGAAGCAACAGAAAAAAG